AUGGCUCAACAUGAUACAUCCACUAGCACGGCACAAACAACUACUUCCAUCCCGACCUAUGAUCCAUUGGAUUUAAUCCACAAUUUUUCUUCUGAUGAACAUACCACAUCAAUUAUUGUGGAAAAACCAAAAAUGGAAAAACAGGAUGAAAAACCAACAUUUGAACAGGAACACGAUGUAAAAUUAGUAGCCACCAUUCAGUUGGAUUCUCAUACCAAGUUAUUAUCAUUGAAAAUUAAUGAAAAAGAGGAAAAUCAGCUGAGUUCAGAUCAGGAAAAUUAUUUAAUCAGAAAUGUUGUGUAUCCGUGCAAUUCAUUGAUGGAAAAACAUGUUUCUAAAUUGGAUAAAUAUUAUAGUGUUGGAGUGGUGGUUGGAGUUGUGAUUUUGUGUGUAAUUUCAUUGUGUCUUGUGAUUCCACUCAUUGUGGACAUGGACAAUAGUUUAGUUUAUUUUCUGAUUGCAAUUCCUUUCGUUUUGGGUAUUGGAAUUGUUGUGGGAGUUUUGUUUUACUUUUUGAGGAGAAAAAUUGUAAAUAAUCAUUCAAUUUGUGAAGCUGAAAUUGAAAGAGUUUUGAGGGUUGAGGAAGAAAGAAUUCGAGAAUCGAAUGCUGAAUACGAAUCAUUUUUUAAGGAUUCAGAAAGAGUAAAUGUCAAGUUGCAAUUGGAUUAUCCAAACAUUAGAAGAAUCUCACUGAAAAAUACUUGGAAGUUUUUAACAGAUUCGCCCUCAAUUUUAAUUUAUUUUGGUGAAUGA